GUGUGUGAGACACAGAGAAAGCGAGGGACUGAAAUCGAUACGUCCAGCCCAGCGCUGCCGUGUGUGUGCAGCACUCCUGCCUGCUACCUGGCGCGGGGCGAAGGAGUGAGUGUCCAGCCCCGCGCCCCCUGGUGCUGCCCGGCUCCGCGUCCACGCAGCAGCCCGUGGGGCGUUUCGGGGCCCGCGUCCGGCAGCUCGGCCGGAGCAGGCAGUGAUUAAACUGCCGGCAAUCUGUCUGCAUCCACAGCUCCUCCCUCCCCGCCCUUCCCACCGUGGCUUUCUGCCUCCCCUGGCAGCCGCGGGAGGCAAGUCGGAGCAGCCCGGCGAGGCAGGAGCCGGGGGCUGGCGCGAGCAGCUGGUGGCCGGUGCCCGGGCAGCUGUGCCGCAUCCGCGCCGCGGGCUCGCUCCGGGGGCGCCGGCAGGACCCCUCUCGCCGCCAAGUGCCUCUUCUCUAGCCCGGAGGUCUGCGAGGAAGGGAAUUUUAAACUCAUUUUUGAAGAUGGGGCAUAAAAUCAUAUGAAGGUCAUGAUUUGCAAGAGGUGAUUCACUGGAGGAGAAUACUGAAUACAACAAGAUACUGAUUCACUGACAAAGGCUGUUUCCAGCUAUGUAAUGUUUUUCGAUCACAUGACAUGGAAAUUGACCAGUGCUUGCUGGAGUCCCUCCCUUUGGGCCAACGUCAGCGGCUGGUGAAGCGGAUGCGCUGUGAUCAAAUAAAGGCAUAUUAUGAACGAGAAAAAGCGUCGCAAAAGCAGGAUGGAUAUGUGAAAAAGCUGAAACAUGGAAAAAAACAUCGAGUCCAUUUCAACCUUGCUGACAUGAUACAGGAUGCAGUCAUACGUCACGAUGACAAAGAAGUGCUACGGUUACUAAAGGAUGGUGCCGACCCUCACACACACAUUUCCUCAGGAGGCUCCUUGCUCCAUCUGUGUGCCCGUUAUGAUAAUGUCUUUGCUGCUGAAAUUCUAAUUGAGAGAGGAGUAAAUGUAAAUCAUCAGGAUGAGGAUUUUUGGACAUCAAUGCAUGUAGCCUGCGCAUGUGAUAAUCCUGAUAUUGUCCUACUACUUCUGCUAGCUGGGGCAAAUGUGCUGCUACAGGAUGUCAAUGGAAACAUUGCACUUGAUUAUGCCAUGGAAGGGACAGAAUCCAGCUGCAUACUUCUGACCUACCUGGAAGAAAAUGGUGUUGAUCUGAACUCUCUGCGGCAGAUGAAAAGUCAGAGGCCUAUGACAAUGCUCACAGACAUUAGACAACUCAUAGGAAAUGGUGGGAGUGUGAAUCAGAAGAAUGAUGAAGGAGUAACACUGCUACACAUGGCCUGUGCAAAUGGAUACAAGGACGUGGUAUCCUUGAUACUGGAUCAUGGAGCUGAUCUCAAUGUAGUGGAUAAUCAGUACUGGACCCCUCUGCAUUUAGCUGCAAAAUAUGGGCAGACAAACCUCGUGAAAUUGCUUUUGACGCAUUGGGCCAACCCCCAUCUUCUCAACUGCAGUAAUGAAAGGCCUUCAGAUCUUGCAGCUUCUGAAUUUAUUGAGGAAAUGCUUCUGAAAGCUGAAACUAUUUGGGAGUUAAAAAUGAAAGACCCUUCAACUGUUUCUACUUUAUCACAAGAGGAGCCCUAUGAAGAGAUCAUCCAUGAGCUUCCUGCACUUUCUAAUAAGCUCAAUCCUCUGGCUAUACCGAUUGCCAAACAAGACAGUUUGCUGGAGAAAGACACCAUGUUCAAAGAUGCAACAAAAGGUUUAUGCAAGCAGCAGUCUCAAGACAAUGCAUCAGACAGUGUCCUAGUAAAUGGUACGACCAAACUUGAACAGGUCAAGUUAAUGCCUCCAGCACCAAAUGAUGACCUGGCUACUCUGAGUGAGCUAACAGACAGCAGCCUGCUCUAUGAGAUUCAGAAGCGUUUCAAUAAUAAUCAAAUAUAUACAUACAUUGGAGAUAUACUGCUGCUUGUUAACCCUUUUAAAGAACUCCCAAUUUAUUCCACUAUGGUCACACAACUUUACCUAAGCAACUCUGGCAAAUUGUGUUCAUCACUUCCUCCACAUAUAUUUUCAUGUGCUGAAAGAGCAUACCACAUGGUGUUUCAGGAGCGACGUCCUCAAUGCUUUAUCUUGAGUGGAGAAAGUGGUUCUGGGAAAACUGAAGCCUGCAAACAAAUUGUGAAGCACCUAACGUGCAGAUCCAGUUCCAGCAGGUGUACCUUUGAUUCAAAGAUAAAACACGUAACCUGUAUCUUGGAAUGUUUUGGACAUGCUAAAACUGCCCUGAAUAAUUUGUCUAGCUGUUUUAUAAAAUACUUUGAGCUGCAGUUCUGUGAGAAGAAAAAAACACUGGCUGGAGCUAGAAUUUAUACAUACAUGCUGGAGAAGUCCCGUAUCAUUACACAACCUGUCAACCAGAGUAAUUUUCUUGUUUUCUACCUGAUGAUGGAUGGAUUGUCUGCUGAAGAAAAGUACACCCUGCACCUCAGUAAUUUGUCUGCACACAGGUAUCUAAAUCAAUCUGGAUCUGAGGAGAUAUCAGUAACAGUGAACACUCAGAAUAGAGAAAAAUUGUCUAUCCUAAAACAAGCUCUGAGUGCUUUGGGAUUCAAUAACCUGGAGGUGGAGAACCUGUUUGUAAUUCUCUCAGCAAUUCUGCAUCUUGGAGACAUUCGGUUUACUGCUUUGACAGACGCUGAGACAGCAUUUGUGUCAGACCUGCAGCUACUGGAACAAGUGGCAGGAAUGUUGCAGGUUUCACCAGAUGAAUUCACUUCUGCCUUAACAACUGAUGUUCAGUAUUUCAAAGGAGAUAUGAUCAUGAGGCGAUAUACUGUAGAGAUAGCAGAAUUUUACCGGGAUCUUUUAGCAAAGUCACUGUACAGUCGCUUAUUUAGUUUUUUAGUGAACACUGUCAACUACUACCUCCAGAAUCAAGAUGAGACCAGCAGUGAUCAAGUCCUUGAAAUUGGAAUAUUGGACAUUUUUGGAUUUGAGGAAUUUCAAAAGAAUACUUUUGAAGAGCUGUGUGUCAACAUGACCAAUGAGAAGAUACACCACUAUAUCAAUGAAGUACUUUUUCUACAAGAGCAAGCAGAAUGUGUACAAGAGGGAGUUACUAUGGAAACCACAUACUCUCCUGCUAACCACACAGCAGCCUUAGAUUUUUUCUUUCAGAAGCCAUCUGGUUUUCUGUCAAUGCUGGAUGAAGAAAGCCAAUCCAUUUGGUCCAUGGAACAGAGUCUUUCUAAACGCCUUCAGGCUUACUUGGAAACUUCAGACACUAAUGCUGUAUAUUCCUCCACAAAAGAUGGAAAUGGCAAUCUUGCACCAAAGGAUCAAGGCUCCAACUUCACCAUUAUGCAUUAUGCUGGCAGGGUGACUUAUGAAAUUGCUGGAGCAAUUGUGAAAAACAAAGAUUCCCUUUCACAAAAUCUCCUAUUUGUAAUGAAAACUAGUGAAAAUGUAGUCAUCAAUCAGUUGUUCCAGUCCAAACUGACACAGACAGGCUCCCUUGUCCCUCCAUAUCAUUCACUUAAAAUUAGAGGGUCCAAAGCAGCCUUGCUCAGUAAGAAACCUUCAAUAACCUACACAAGUGGAGAAGCAAAGAAAUACACAGAGCUGAGUAAGUUGUUGAAAAAGAAAGGUACUUCUACAUUUCUUCAGAGACUGGAACGAGGGGACCCAAUCACAGUGGCAACACAGCUCAGGAAAUCACUAGCAGAUAUUAUUGGGAAGCUUCAGAACUGUACGCUGCAUUCUGUUCAUUGUAUCAAACCCAAUAAUUCUAAACUGCCAGAUACUUUUGAUAAUUUUUAUGUGUCGGCUCAACUGCAGUAUAUUGGUGUCCUAGAGAUGGUGAAAAUCAUACGCCAUGGAUAUCCAAUACGCCUCUCUUUCACUGACUUCCUGUCAAGGUAUAAGGACUUGGCUGAUACAGCAGUGGGAGAGAAGAAGAAGCUGCCUGCCAAGGAGAAAUGUCGUCUUGUUCUUCAGCAGUGCAAAUUACAAGGCUGGCAGAUAGGAGUCCGAAAAGUGUUUCUAAAAUAUUGGCAAGCUGACCAUCUCAAUGAUUUGUGCCUUCAGCUGCAAAGGAAAAUUAUAACCUGCCAAAAAGUUGUAAGAGGAUUUCUAGCCCGCCAGCGCUUGCUGCAGAAGAUGAGCGUCAAACAGCAAGAGGUCACCUCAAUCAAAAGCUUCCUGCAAAAUGCAGAGGAUAUGGGACUGAAAGCGUACGAUGCUUUGGUCAUACAGAAUGCUUCUGACAUUGCUCGGGAAAAUGACCGACUUCGUAAUGAAAUGAAUUCUGCUUACAAUAGGGAAAAGUUAGAGACUAGUAAAAGGCAGGAGGAAGCCCCCAAAAGAGUUGAAGACAGGGGUGGGAAGGUCUCUGAGGACAAAUUUGUUGGCUGUCGAACGCCUAAGCAUUUUCAUUCCAGCUCCGUGCCUAUCCCCAUGGCAGUGGAUGGCUUGGUACAUUCUGUGGCUGGAUCAUCCAUCAGAUCCCCCUCCCUGCACUCUGUGUUCAGCAUGGAUGAUAGUAAUAGCCUGCCAUCACCAAGGAAACAGCCUCCUCCCAAACCAAAGAGGGACCCCAACACACGACUGAGUGCUUCGUAUGAGGCUGUUAGCGCUUGCUUGUCGGCAGCUUCUAAGGAAACUGCUAAUGAAGUAUUGAUGAGACCAAGACCACACAGUGAUGACUAUAGCACUAUGAAAAAGAUUCCUCCCAGGAAACCAAAAAGAAGUCCCAAUACAAAACUGAGCGGCUCUUAUGAAGAGAUAUCUGGUCAAAAGCCUGGGGAUAUGAAACAAUCAAGCCCAGUAACUAAAACAGGUGGUCAUGACAUUGUAACAAUACAAAGAGCAGCGUCUGCUGAUGGGCCCCAUCACAGCAUGUUGAGCUUGUAUAUGUCACAGGAAGAGGAGGAAAAUGAACCAGUAUAUAUUGAAAUGGUAGGAAAUGCUAUGAAAAAUAAUUCCACUGAAGCAGAAAGCCCAGACCAAGGCGAAUCUGUUUAUGAAGAAAUGAAAUAUUUUUUACCAGAAGAAAGUAGCAAUGGUAACGGAAUCGUUCCCAUAGUAACUGGAUCUCCUCCACUGUUGUUUGAGAGCAAAAAAGCUGGAACAAUUGAAGAACUUGAUGCAAACAGCCAAGCUGCCUCAAGCUAUAAAGACCCUUGUGACAUUCCAGCCCCCUUCCCAAAUUUGCUUCCACAUAGGCCACCGCUACUUGUUUUCCCUCCAACCCCUGUAACAUGUUCUCCUGCUUCUGAUGAAUCACCUCUAACUCCUCUAGAAGUGAAAAAGCUUCCUGUCCUGGAAACUAAUCUAAAAUACCCUGUACAAUCAGAGGGCUCAAGCCCGCUAUCCCCACAAUAUUCCAAAAACCAGAAAGGGGAGAAUGAAAGGCCAGCAUCCCCUGGUUUGUCUGUAUUUAAUGUUUCCAGCAAGGUGUCUCCUCCUUCAACUCCUCCUCCUCCUCUCCCUCCACCACCUCCUCCUAUGCCUCCAUCUGUUUCUUAUCGGGCUUCCACACAUUUUGCUUUCCCCCCAGAGACUUGUGCUACUUUUCUGGUUAAUACAGGGAAAACAGGAACAAACUCAGAUCUGUCAAAAGUACCUCAGAGACCAAAUCCUGUUCAAGUUGGAGGUUCAACUUCCCCAUUCGCUAAGCUGCCGUACUCCCCAGUGAAGGUCGCAAGAGCUGACCACGGGAAAUCAAACUCCAAUUCAUCAUCUCCACUUCCAUACAGUCCUACAAGCUCAAGACCUUUGACCAGUCCUCUUGACGAGUUAACUAGCUUGUUUAACUCAGGACGGAGCAUGCUUCGAAAGUCUGCAGUGGGAAGAAAGAUUAGAGAGCCUGAAGGUGUUGAAACAAAUCUGAACUUAGCAAGCAGGGAAGAUCCCCUCGCAUCAGAACCUGGGUUGGAAGCCCAAGAUAAAAAUGCAAACAACCAUGGAACUCAACCAUCUAAUCCACUGUCCUGUUCCAUAACUGCUGAAAAUGGAAAUUCAGUAUCAAAUGGUUUACCAGAGGAAAAUGAAUAUUCAAGACUGUCAGCCAGCAAUACAGCAAGUUCAUCAAUUCAAAGGCAUAGAGAGACCCACACUAGUCAGGUUAUCCAGCAUCUCAGGCUGUCAGACAAUGAGAGUGCUGCUCUGCAGGAACUCCUGGACUGGAGGCGAAAACUAUGUGAAGAGAGAGGGGACUGGCAAAAUAUUCUGCACAACACAGAGCAAAGAAUCACAGCCCCUCCCCCACCCCCUUGUAAAAAACCAACCCUGCUGAAGAAGACAGAAGAUACCUCCUGCAACAGACUGUCUUCGGGGAUAUGGGAUACCACAAUGUAAUUCAGAUGCAUUUGUCUGAGGACUGUGAAAAAUAAAACUAUCUAACAAUGUGAAUCAGCAAGUUUCCCUUUCUGCAGUGUGUUCAGGGUUUUCUACAAGUGUGUAUUUGGGAACACAGGAAGCAAGAGCUACAUAAAUCUGUUGUGUGUGUGUGUGGGUGGGUGGGUGUGUAUAUGUGUGCUCCUUCUUUUCUUUAUAUAUAUAUAUAUAUAUAUAUAUAAUAUAUAAAUAUCUAUAUAUAUAUAUAUAUAUAUAUAUAUAUAUGGAGACAAACUGCACUAUAAGCACAUAGCUUAAAAUACAUGAUAGUUAUGACUCUCCCAUGAACAAUGAACAAAUUCUAUGUUAGCUAAGUGAGGACUGGGAGAGAGUUUUAGCAAACAUUUUGGAGAGAUCAGGUGCAUUUCUGUGUAACUGUACAGCUGUUUUAUAUAGUAUAAUAAUAUGAUGUUUCUUGUAUCUCAAUGAUUGGUUUUAUUAUAUUACAUGUAUACAUAUAUGAUAUUUCUUUGUAGAUGUCUGUGUUUUAUUGGAAUUGCAAACACAAUUAUUAUUUACAUGUUUAUUACUGGUAUUUUAUAACUUUAUGCAAUUGGUGCUGUUGUUCUUUCUUCAGAAUACAGGUAAUAAAUACAGUACUGGUAUUUUUUCACAGUUUAUCUCUAAUAAUGUACCCAACACUGUCAAUUCAGUAUUGCAAUUCUACAGCUGGCGAUGUUGAUCUUAAAGUCAGAUUUUGAAAUGCAUAUAAAACUUGCAUUUGCAGGUGCUGUUUAAUGCUGUUCAUGUUUAAGAAUUAGAGAAGACCAUUUUUUGACUACAGCUCUCUUUCCGUAUGAGAGUCCUGUGAAUUCUUUUAAUUUCAUAUCAAAUCUUACUUCAUUCAGGAUUGUGUGAAAUAAUGAGGUAUUCAUUUAGAUGGUAAGAUCAAUUUAAAAUUCAUGGUUGAUUAUGCAUAAGGUCAGGUGUCAGUGGAAAGAUACAUAAUAGUAACGAGGUAUGAAAGUACUACUGUGAUUUACUAAUAUAAGCCACAAGGCCUCAUGGAGAUGGAUAUAUCAAAGGAUUAUGUCCCUAUAGUAAUACAGUGCAUGAUUCAUUUAUACCUUAGAUUUCAUGUAAUGAAAUGGUUUCAGAAAGUGGAGCAUUCUGGUUGGAGGCCAUAAGUUCUGAGCAAUGAUAUUAAUGUAUGUGAAUAGCAUGCUGCUAGAAAUGUGUUAGUGACUGUACAGCAGUCUCUGAAAUAUUACUUUGCCAAUAAAAAGGUAUAAUUUAUAUACACACACAUAUAUAUAAAGAUAUUUUGUCAGGGGCUGCUUGUUUUUAAGACUUUGUGGCAUCUAGAGCCAGUUGAGGCACUCUGCCUGCUAGUCUGCCUUUCAUUCCAUCAGGGAACCAGUACAUUGUAUUUUUUACAAUGUUUUUUUAGCUAGCAGUUAAAAAUGUAUGCUAUUAUAAAACUCAUUUCUAGCUGGAAGUUGUUUGAAAAACUCUUUUUAGAUUUAGGUGAAGAAAGGAAAAUGUUUUCUUUCAGCUUGAAGGAAGUUUCAAACCAGCUGAGAAGCAAAAUACAAUUUCAGUUGUGUUUGUUUAAGAAAAAAAGCUCUCUCAAACUUUGGCCUCAGACAGUGGUCAAACUGCCUUGUUCACUAGGCAGAAUUAAAUCUGCUCUAUUACGAAGGAUUCAAGCAUUCAAGAUAAACAAAGGAAGGUAGAGACUAUGGUUAAAGCAACCAACUUUUAGGGAACAAAAUCUAGGAUACUGUCCAUUCAAUGAACAAACCUCUGGAACCGGAAUACAGCUUCCAUGGGUAGAUCUAGGCUUUUGAAAAGGGGGAUGCAGAUAGUGUGGUGCAUCAUUGUAUAUAAUACAAUACAUAUUUUUCUCCUGGAAAAAUAUACUAGAAGCUUCACUAAUAUGCUAGGGCCCUAAAGCUGCAUUAUCCAGCUUAAGAUCAAAGCAAAAAAUAUAUAAAUAUUGGAAUGUGCAUUUUCUAUAUCAUGCAUUUUGUAUUAGAAAACAGAACAAACUAGGCAAAAAUAAUGAAAAAAAUGUUUAUUUAAUCCUGUCCUUAUAAAAUGUACAUCUCUUUCAGAUUCAUAAAACAAAAUCAAACCUUCUUGAGCAUCUUGACAGUACAUCCAAAAUGUCACUGAAAGUUGUGUUUUUAGCUAGAGUUAAGAACAACCUGCAGGGCUGUGAAAUGGGAGCUACAUUACUAGGAGGAACUAAGAGACAGCAGAAUUUCAGAGGAAAGAAUAGCUUGAUUAGUGGAAUAUUAAUACUGUUUAAAAGGAGAGAGGGUAAUUUAACAUCCGUGGAAUGAAAUUUUUUUAAGGAAUCAGGUAGAUUAUAAUGAGCCAUGAGGUCAAGUGUCUCCCUCGCUGUUGCCUGACUAGAAAUGCACUGACAGACAGUUUGUUUUAAACUUUGGGUAGACCAGGAAUCGAAUAGAGGUAUGACUGCAGCACUGCGCUCCCCCUGGAUCUGACCCUGACCACUUCUGGUUCUAGUUAAUGACUUAGCACGGUGCUGGGGGUGGGCUAAUAUCUACACAGCACUGCACCCGUAGAAAUUAGCCAGGCUGAGAGAGAGAGCCAAUUAGUUCAGGUAUGCAGCCUCAGAAACAUUUCUAUACCGCUUCCAGCUCAGAAGGUAGCCAGUGGCCCCUUCCUAAACCAUACACAGUAUACCUGUGCCCUCAUCCCCCUACAAAAUUAGGAACCAUCCAGGAAAAUUCAGCAUAGCUGGUUGCCUUCGUUCUGAUUAUCUUUAAAACUAACUGUGUGCUGAUUAGACUGCCGCUGUACUUACUACAGCCAGAGCUCUUUAUAUUAAUAAAGUGCUGGGGGAGGAGGAAUUAGCUCACAAAGCCAUGUGUAUAGCCAUCACUCUCAUUUCAACACAGGAAUCUGAGAUAUUGGGUUAUAUCUUCAGCGGGUGUAAAUGGGGCCACCCAUUGACUUAAACUACUAGUUCCACUUCAGCAGCCGAGGAUGUAGUCGACUGACAAAGUACAUUAAAUUGCCUUGUAACCACAAGCUAUGAUGAGAACUCAGGAAUUUGUGGCUUCCAGCUAGAUAACGGACACUCAUUUGCUGUCUAAUAGGCCAGACAAAAGCUGUGUCUCAUAACCUUUAGUGCCAAAACAGUCUCAGCAGCUAACUCAAGUACCAGUCACUCGUUUUAAACUGGUGAGUUCAGUCUAGCUGUAAUAGCAAGAAGGUCUGAAAAGGCUAAAUAAACAGAUUUGAGGGGCAGUGUGGAGUACAAGGUGUGUAUACUAGUUAUGUGGUGCUCUUGAGAGUCUUGUUGAGAAGUACACCACAGUCACCCACUCCUACCCCAUAUACACCCGACCUGGAAAUGAGGCAGUGAAACCAUCCUAAGGAAAGCCCCUCAUUGCUGCUUUUGAACUCUGUGUCUGUGACUUUCAGGAGCACUGUGGGAGCAUGUCCUUAGACUUCCAGACACGUCCUUAGGUUGUACUGAGCUCCAUGCUGCAAUAGCCAGACUGCUACUUGUUUAAAAUGAAUUUGUUUAAAACUAGCUUGGAUACCUUAAGACUGUACUGCAGCCAUUGCUAUGAUCACAGUGUAUACCUACCAAGAGAUUUGUAAACACAUUUAUUGAAGUCAGUUUAAAGUGCAGAUCCAAAAUUCAUGCCUAUACUACACCACUUUGCCUAAAAUUAUAAAGUCUGCUGUGGGAAGGAGAUGGGUUUUAAACAACUGUCUUUACAAAGCCUUCAAAUGUUGUGUUACAUGCUCAUAUAGUUUAAUGAAGUGAAAUAUGAAAAAAAAAACAUGCUAGCAUAGCUUUAUAAGGUGUUUCACUGAUACACUGGAGACAUGGAUACAAAUAUGAUGUAAGGCAUUCUGAAACUGUACAGAGAAACAAUAGCAUGUUGCUAUAUAUCUCUGGGCACAGAGUGCUUUUGAUUUUUUUUUUCAGGAACCUGAGUAACAAAUAUAAGUUUGUGGACUCCUCUUUUAAAGUGUUUAAUCACAGACCAAAACUGCAAGAUAAACAACAAGGAGUAUAGGGAUAUUGACCAGAUAUCUGCAACAAUAACUUAUCAUGUUGGAAGACUAUGAGGAUAUGUAGUUAAAAUAUAAUCAUUUAUAAAAUGUAUUUGUGUUUUAAAAAUCAUGUUUAAAACAUUUCUCUUAUUGCAUUAAGACACUCCAGAGUGUAAGUUAUGAUGUAAUAAUUCAUACCUAGUAUGUUCAGUGAUUCUUUGGCCUUUGGCCCAGUGCCUAACAAUGCAGUUGGUGGGGAAUUAUUAUAUCAUAAUUCACACCCUACCGCGUCUUAUUGCUUAAAUAACCACACCCCCAGAGGUGUCAUAAAAGUACUACUAAAGUUGAUAUUGUGGAUCAAACUGUGUUUACAGGGCUGGGAAAAUAUACUAUUAACAUUUUGAAAUGUUGAGAGGUAGUUUUAGGAGAACUGGAUAGUGCUUGUAAAUUAAUCUCCCCAGUGGAAUAUGCACCAGCCAAUUAGAAUGGUUCUUAAGUGUAUGAAGUUCUCUCUUGUAUAUUAUAAAAUAGUUUAGACAAAAGACACAUUGUGAGUUCAAAAUUUUAAUGGGAUAGAUUAUUGAACUCUAUGAACAUUCUGAGGCCCUUUGUAUCCAAUGAACAAUUUGAAAUACAUUUUAUAUUGCAAUAAAGCAAUUUCAGGAAGCUGGGGUUAUCAUCCGAUAACCACAUUUCCAUAUUGUGCCUUAUUGCUCAAAUGUUUCACUUGUGAAACAAAUACUUUGCAAAUUGAUCAUUAUUACAGUACAUAAAGCUGAGACUAACACGUUUUGCAGCUUAUGAAGUUCACAUCAUUGGUCUUAAGUCAAUGCUAAUUAAUUCCAAAAAAUAAAAUAAAACUAAUUAAAAAAAAACCUAUUGGCAUGAGAGAUUUUUAAAGCUUAUAAGCCCUGUCCUCUUUUUUUCCUGAAAUAGCAUUUAGUGUUUGUUAGUUGCCGUAGCUACAGUCCUAGUGAAGAUUAAAAGCAAUACCUUGUUUCCACUGUUUGAAAUUGGACUUAGAUGUUCAGAGACAUACAUGCACCCAUAUUUUACAAAGAAGCUAUGGAUAGGAUGAUGUGAUAAGCCUUUUAAAACUUUGUGUUGUUUACAAAAUAAUAACAUGAUUGUUGAAUAAGUGAAUUAAAUUCUCCCUUCUUUGUUAGCAAUUUUCAUUCCUUCUAAGAGGUUGACUAAGUUUAUUAUAUUGCAGGUCUUUUGUGUAUAGGAAAUAUAAUUCAAUUAACUUGCUAAAAAAGAGUACCAGAGUGUUGUGUAAUACUGAAGUGUUAGUAAUAGCCAGAUUCAUUGUAGUUUUAAUUCCACUUUAUACAGUAUGUGGUUCUCAAUAAUCAUCUUAUUCUUAUCUCCAGAAAGCUUGGUAAUAUCUGAAAUGCUCUGAGAAACCUAAAAUAAGUUUUGCCAUUUGCUUGUUAGCUCUUAAUACCCUGUAAUGACACUCUGUACCUACCCAUCAGUUUUCCAGAACAGUAUUAAAGAUUUCAUUGCUUUGUAUUAUAUAUAAUUUUUAAAGGCAAACAUCACCUGAAUUUAAAUAUUUUUCAAUAUCUGAACAAAACACAAGGAUGUUUGAAAAAAUGCUUUCCUUUCAUUUUUGCUGUUCUUCAUAUACUUAGGAGUUUGAUUUUCAGAAGAAAUAAAAAAAAUUCCUCAUGCUUGUA